CGGUGCUCCCGAGCUCUACAGCAACUCGCGCACCACCCCGCACACGCUCCACCAUGCGCCUCGUCGUCGCCGCCGUCGCCCUCCUCAUCCUCAUCGCCCAAGUCUCGUCUCAGCUGCUGUUCCCCGUCAACCAGCUCCCGUUCCGGCUCGGCGGCAACUCGACUGCGGCCGGUGGUGCUGGUGUGCACUGGGUGGAGAAGCGCGUACCUCGGAUCGCUGUCAUCGGUGCAGGAGCUGGAGGCUCGUCGGCCGCCUACUUCCUGUCGCACUUCGCCCAGCUCAAGGACCUCGGCCUCGAGACCGACGUCACCGUCUACGAGUCGUCGGACCAUGUCGGCGGCCGCUCGAACGUCCUGUGGCCCUGGAACGACGACCCGCUCGUCGACCCGAGGCCGCUCGGCGCCACCCAGAACGACACCGAGUACGAGCCGCCGGUCGAGAUGGGCGCAUCUAUCUUCGUCAGCGCCAACUCGAACCUCCAGAAGGCGGUGCGCGAGUUUGGCCUCGAGCUGGACGCGUACGGCGGCGAGAACGGCCGCACGGCCGUGUGGGACGGCGAGCGGUGGGUGUACGAGGAGAAGGGCGCGUUCGGCUGGGGCUGGUGGUCCAAGGUCAAGGCCGUCUGGCGCUACGGCCGCAGCCCGUUCAAAGCCCGCUCACUCGUCAAGAGCACCGUCGACAACUUCCUGCGCCUGUACUCGGCCGACUUUGUCUCGCAAGGCGCCUUCGCGUCGCUCGCCAACUUCUCGACCGCGACGCACCUCGCCGGCCCGGCGUCGCACUACGCCGACGAGUACCUGACGCACUCGGGCGUCGGCGAGCUCUUCACCGACGAGCUCAUCUCGGCGGCGACGCAGGUCAACUACGGCUCGCCCAUCACCCAGAUUCACGGCGUCGGCGCCCUCGUCUCGCUCGCCGCGACGGGCGCGACGUCGGUCCACGGCGGCAACCGCCGCAUCUUCGAAGAGUUUGUCGGCAGAAGCGGUGCGCGGCUGCGCCUCGGCGAGACGGCUCGCGUCCAGUCGAUCCUCAAGCUCGACGCGACCAAGGGCAAGCGGGCGCAGUGGGUCGUCAAGACGACGUCGGGCGUUGGCGGCGGUACCUACGACGCCGUCAUCCUCGCGGCGCCGUUCCACCAGUCGGGCAUCCAGGUCGUCAACGCGGUCGCGGCGUCUUUGAUCCCCAAGCAGGCCUACGUCAAGCUCUUUGUCACCUUCCUCAUCACCAACGCCUCGACCCCUCAGCCCUCGUACUUCGACCUGCCGCCCGACACGCACAUGCCGAACGAGAUCUUUGGCACUUUUACGACGCCGAGCCGCCACAAGCCGACGUUCAAUUCGCUCAACUACCUCAAGCCGCUCCCGGCGGCGCUCGGCGCCAGGUUCGGCGAGGGCACGUUCCACGUCGUCAAGAUGUUCUCGAGCCGCUCGCUCGAGCCCGAGAUGCUCGACGCCCUGUAUGGCCGCGGCAACGUCGCCAAGGUCGUCGAGAAGGUGUGGCUGGCGUACCCCGAGUUGCGGCCCGUCAAGUCGCAGGGCGACUUUGCGCCGGUUCGACCCGACGAGGGCCUGUACUACGUCAACGGCUUUGAGCGCCUCAUCUCGACGAUGGAGACAGAGACCGUCUCGUCGUUCAACGUCGUCUCGCUCCUCCUCAACGACUUGUUCGACUACACGCCGCCUACGAGCUGGGCAGAGUGGGACGACGGCGAGGCGGCGGCGUCGUAGCUCUCUCGAGGAGGGCUCCCCUUUCCCGAGUCGCGACCUGCACUGCCAGAUGUACCUCUUCCCU